CGGGUAUGUCAUUGCGCCUGUAAACACUGUCGAAUGCGGUCUUCGCCGCUUCUCCGCUCCGAAACAAAAAUUCUUAGUGAACUAGCUUACGGAAGCGAGCUCAUCUGAACGAAAGUGAAUGUGUGCCCGGGUCAAAAAUAAAGUUGGUCCGCAAGCCAAUACAUAUGUGAACAAAUUCAGAAGAAAUCGAAAGAGCAUGGCUAAAUAAAAAUCACUGCACCUGUCUUCCAAGUGCACCUGUUUCCCCCAGUGCCGCCGCCCUUCGCAGGGAACACUUACGCACCUUUGGCAGUGGAUACGCGAAAGAAUGCACCGUGCAUGCAAAGUACAGCGGAGUGCUUGAUAACUUAAUACCAGCCAAAGGGCCGUAAAAACAAACGAGGCAGAAACAGAAACAGAAACAAAAACAGUGCGACCUUGUCUUGUCUUCGCCGGACUUCGUUUUCCGCCAUCCAUCAAAGUCGGACUGAAAAGUCUUGGGAUUACACAUAAAACUCAUUUGGAUACAAAUCUCUUUUGCUUUGAGAUGCUGAAGCACGUGCAGAUCUCGCCGCUGCGGAACCGCUCCGACUCGGUGUCCCUCCGCUCCUCCAGCCACGCCUCCUCGUGCGCCAGCUCCAUGUGCGGCAGUCCGGAGCCGCCCUCGGACCUGCAGAGGACGCCCUCCCGGGCCUCCAGUUACUCCAGCCUCAACGAGCAAAUGCCGCAGACCACAAUCAAGGUGUACACCAACUGCCUGAAGAUCGACAUCGAGUACAAGACGCUUGGGAUUCAGUGGGACACCACCAGCAAGGAGGUGAUUGCCCAGCUGCUCAGACGCCUCAAGAUGCGACACCGCGACCCGAGGCUCUUCUACCUCUCCAUGGAGGUAGCUGUGCGCCGGGCUGGCGUGAAGACCGUCCUGGUGCUGGACGAGGACACCCGGCCGGCCAUCCUGCAGGCCUGCCACCCCAAAGGCGAGUCCCGCUUCUGCCUGCAGCUGAGGCCGGGCGGCCUGAUCCGCGUCCACACGGCGGCGCUGCAGCCCAGCUCCCAGUACAAGUCGCUGGUCAUCAGCGAGGAGACCACCAGCGACGAGCUGCUCCACCUGCUGCUCGGCUGCUACGGCUCCCCCGAUCCCGUCGAGGCCUUCUCACUCUACGAGGUGUGUCCCGGCCAGGAGUGCCAGCGCAAGCUGCACCCGGACGACCUGCCGCUGCGCACCCAGGCCGAACGGGUGAAGCGGGGCGAGGAGUGCCACUUCCUGGUGCGCCGGACGCCCCACUACGCCCGCCGGCGCCAGCUGCUGGCCAGCAUGAAUGAGGCCAUGACCACGAGGCAGGCGGAGGCGGAGGAUGCCGGCAGUCUGCUGGAACUCUCCCUGGAGUCGGAUGUCUCACUGCCCGAGGAUCUGCGCAGCUGCAGCAGCCGGAGCAGCAGCGAGGGCGCCGAGGACGAGGACGAGUGGGCCAGCAGCUCCGGCUCCUCGGACACCUCCACGGAGUGCACCCUGCGCCGGUCGCUGGUCAACGUGUCCGUCUCCCCCGCUCGCGCCUACAGCCCCGUGUACAACAUCCGCGAGAUCCGCACCGCCUCGCACUCGUUCUCCUCGCUGGGCAAGGACAAGAAGCUCCUGGACAUCCACAUGAACGCCCGCUUCGCCGCCGCCGGCGUCUACGGCAGACUGGUGCCCGUGGCGGAGGUCGAGGCGAAGGACCCCAACGGCAAGGCCCCCAAGGUCAAGCUCGCGGCGGAGGCGGUCAACAACAACCCGGCCAAGGGACUUGGACACUUUGUCUACCUGUAGCGAUGUGUGCUUCAGAGGAGGAAGCCUGUGGAGCUCGACACAGCCUUGUGGCAUGACACUUGAAUUAGCGAUGGAAAAAAGUCAAUCUUAGCGCCGUCACAGAGAGGAAACUACACUUACAAAAACACCCCUUAUAGUAAACAAUCAAGAUCGUCACUUUGUAAGCUCCGAGGGCGAGGACCAAAGAUGCAUUUGUAGCUUAAGCGUUGGGAGGGGGAGUGUAAAUAGAAAUUAGGCCUGAUAACAAUGAAUCCUAAGAUUAGUUAAGAUUAGUCUAGUUUUUGUAACCCUAACAAUGAACACGUAUGCUUAGAGUAGGGCAAAGAAACCAUCUGCUAACAAUCCCAAAUCAAAGGAGUCUAUAGCUUAGUGCUUUAGUCCCGCAACUAAAGCUUCAGUAAGAGUAAGAACCUGGAGGCUUGUGGCCAACUUUCGUGUAUAAACCAAAAGAUAUUGUAAUGAUAAUAUAAGCACCAAUUACGUAAGCCGAAA